AUGGAGCUCCCUGAAGGAACACUGACCCUAUAUAAAAAACAAAAAUCAACCCAAGAAGAACAGUCCCCUGUACAAACUCCAAGGACCCAAAACUUGUGGAGAAAACAAAAGAGGAAGAAGAGCACACCGACAGGAAAUCCAAAGCAACUUGUGGUUGCUGAUGACAACGAUGAUAAAAAGCCCAAAAAGAAAACAAUGAAACCUGAGAACAACAAACUGAUUGGUCAAGAUCCACGGCCAAUCAGUUCUGAAGAUUCUGUGAAGAAAUUUGAGACAAGGAUGACACCGAACCAUCUCUUUCUACUCAUCACUGAAAUCAAUAAACCAACAGAUCUUACAAAAGAGCCAGAUACGAUAAAUUAUCGCCAACUACAAAGGCAGGCUAUCAGAGAUAUGGGAUUUGGCGCCUUACUAGAUCUCAAAAUCAAAAAUAUUCCAACAGCCUUGUGUAAUUUUCUGGCAAGCAAUUUCCAGACCGGUGCAAGACAAGUCCCAUUGAAUGGGAACAAUGUACUGGAUAUCAAACAGGAAGAUGUUGUUGCUGUACUUGAUCUUCCUCGUGGACCCAAACCAGUGGAAGAAUUCAAACAGAAUGAUCCCGCUAUAACGGACCACGCUGAGAUGGUGGAUGCGUUCAAGAAAAGAAUGGGAUACAGUAAUAAAUUCCUGCCAAUGAGAUCCACCGCGGCACAAUUAAUUGCUGGUCGAAAAGAUUUUGGUGAUGACUUCAAACGAUAUUUCCUCGUCUUUGUUGUGAGCACAUUCCUACAUGGAAACACCACUUCCAGGAUCACAAUGAACAUCCUAAAGUCCCUCGUGAACAUCAAUGAAGUGACACAAUACAAUUGGUGUCAAUAUAUGAUUGAUGCACUGGUGAAAGGAUGCAAAAGUCACCACGAUGGGAAACCAUUCACCGGACCAAUCACUUUUUUCCUGUUGUGCUACCUUGACAGGUGUGAGUAUGAAAGAGCACAUCCGAGGUCAUUCCAUGUGAUCAAAUCUUGGGAUCAAAAGAUGCUGAACGACAGAAUAAGACUUCAGGAAAGCAAUUUCACAGAUAUCCAGACACUUGAACGUCUCAAGAAACUGUCCUCAGCAGCAUCCCGAGAUGAACAACCAGAGGCUGAAUCACAAAAGGAGGAUACACAGGGAAACCCCAACACACAGCAAGUAUACAUUCGUGAGAAGGAAAUGGAGUUAAGAAUCGAACCAGAUGAACAAGCAAAGCAAAUAAUCAAGAUCCUAUCAGAUGCAAUGUUGUCGAUGAGUAGAAAGAUGCCUCCGCCUUCAGUGGGGAAAUUCGUGCCUACUUCAAAAGAAGUGCUGGUUGAUGAACAACAAACUCAACCACAAGGUUAUCCAAUGUGUCUAAUAUAUAUGUACCUUCGUACUGAUUAUCCAACAUUCCAACUUUGCACUGCAGAACAUGCAACGAAUGUCUCCACGACAGAAAAGAAGAGAUCCCAUCAAGAUUCCACCGGGUGGGAUUCAGCUGUGACAUCCACCUAUACCAAAAGGACGAGAAGCACUGGUACCAGGAAAAGGAAAGCAUUGAAAGAAGCAAGUAUCCCAAGCUUUAACCUGGGUAUCUUCUCCAGUCAGGAAGACAGUUACGAGACAACCCAGGAGAAGAACACUCAGGAAGAUGUCACAGUAAGGGUUGAUCUGGAUAAAGAUGUGAAUGAGACUAUAGAAGCAGAAGAAUAUCCAGUACCAUCUGCUCUCGACGAAACAAAGAAUCUCAUUCCUUCCAUCGAUGAAAUUAUAACAAGGGCCAGUGCACCAGCUUCAGAGUCGUCGAGUGAUACAGAAAAACUAGAGAUCAUUGCGACUGUUGCAGAACAAGUUGAGAAAAACUCAGAGAUGGUUGAAGCAGUCCCUUUAAGCAUAAUUCCACCCGAUUGGAAUGUUGCUUCUACCACGGGUCGUCUACUCAUGCUGGACAAAAAUGAGUGUACCACGCCAUCGCCUGCAAUCUCAAAGAAAGCUGAAGUACUUGAUGAAGGGUUAACAAAGACAGUGGAAAAGAAUUUCUUGUUUGAAUUUGGAAAAAUUGUUUGGGCAGACAGGACAGCAUUCUAUUCCAUGAGGGAAGGCACAUGGAUAGAAAACAGCAUCAUAGAUGCUUGGGCUGUCAUCCUAAACAAAGAAGAAGCUAAAAGUGACUCCCCAAGUCGGAUAUUCUUUGGUGUUUUCGUAUUUGGUAGUAACAAAGAGGAAAUCGAGUUCACGUUCUAUGAGAGGUUGGCUCUUGAACUAGAAGAACAAGGACUCAGUGUAGGAUCCUUGAUAGUGGCAAAAGCCAUCUACUUCCCAGUACACUACCGAGAGCAUUAUUUCUUGUAUGUGUUGCUGGUUCAAGAAAUGAAAGUCCUUGCAUUCAACAAUCUUCAUGCAAAAGAUCUGGACUACUACAAGCCAACAAAAGAUCUACUUUUUCAGUUCUUUAAAAUGUACCUUCAAUGUGUGUUUCCAAACAUAGAACUAGUCACUGCUCAGUACACCUUCACAGAGGUUACGCUACCAUCACACAACGACAAAAAGCCGAAUGCGGAAGAUUGUGGAAUAUUCACAAUGCACCACAUGGAGAAGUAUGAUGGUGGUGACUAUGAAAAAAUGCUGGUUAUCCAUAGUGGUUAUCCACAGUAA